GUUUUCUCCCCUCAUAACGUGUGCCCACUUGACAAUUGCUAACUUGGGAUGACUUUGCCAUGAGAGGAGAGCCUGGCUUGCCCGUUUGCUGUUCAUUUGUGAAUUUGACCGCCCGUCAUGGAAUCUUCUCCCCUUUGCAGUAUUGUACAUAAAUUAUAAUCCUUCGUUACAACCCAUGUCAAGUUCAUAAAGCGAAAACCUUUAAAAGAAUCGUAUUGAAAUUGAAUUUCUCAGAGAGAGGGAGAGAGCAAGAUAACAGAGAGAGAUGGCAGUUGGGAUAUUGGAGGUGAUGCUUGUGAGUGCAAAGGGGCUUGGAGACACCGAUUUAUUCAGUCGUAUGGAUCCUUAUGUUCUGAUUCAAUACAAAGGCCAAGAGCGCAAGAGCAGCGUGGCCAGAGAGCAAGGCAGCAGUCCGGUGUGGAACGAGAGAUUUACAUUCAGGGCAGAGUAUCCAGGGUCAGGGGAGCAGUACAAGGUCACCCUCAAAAUCAUGGAUAAAGACACCUUCACUGCUGAUGACUUUAUAGGAGAAGCAACGAUAUAUGUUAAGGAUUUAUUGGCACUGGGUGUGGAGAAUGGAACUGCUCAACUACAUCCUCUUAAAUAUAGUGUUGUUCGUGCAGAUCGUAGUUUUCGUGGGGAGAUUCAAGUUGGUCUAACUUUCACUCCAAGGGCAGAACAGCAACAUGAGGGACAAGAGUUUGGAGGAUGGAAGCACAGUGAUGCAUAUCCGUAGAGAGACAAAUUCCACUGCUGCAGAUGAGCUUGCAAAAUACAAAGUAGUUAAAGCUCCUUGAUCCUCCUUGUAAUCUCUCCAGUACUUAAUUUGUAGCUUUGAACUUUUGAAAUUCAAUGGCAAAGAAAGAUAGAAAA